UUGAACAGAUCAAUUUCUCACAAAAUUUUACACCGAUAAUUUCUGUCCGGGACGUUUGGGGGUUUAUCCACGUUUUAUCAAUUAGUCAUAAUAUAAAGUAUAACAUAGUGCUUCAUACUGAUUACAGAGCGAAGAUUUCUCAUGAAAUUUUAGAAGAUAAAUUUUACUAUGCGACAUUUGAGUUUUAUCCGGUGUGGUACAUUUUUAUCACUGAUUAUUGAGCGUGGGAUUAUAACAAUUUCUCACAAAAUUUAACAUGAUAGAUUUACUUAUCCUUUGAGUUUAAUCUGUAUUUUAUUAGUUAAUCACAACUGUAAGGAUAUAGUUUAUCUAUAUACACGAGGGUAUGGGAAGGACAUAGUUAGAGCUUAUCUAUGAGCAAUAGUGAUGAUAACAAUCAGUAUAUAUAGAGCAGCUUCACGGAUAGUAAUUAUGUUGGAAAUAUUAUUCCAUGUGUAGUGGUUUUGUUGGAGUUAGUUUAUUUUUUCAGAGUAUUAUUCUUUUCGGUGUAUUCGUCUUAUAUAGGAUAAACUAUGUCAAAGCGGUCAAGAGACUCUGAAAAAUUGUUUGUCGAAACUGACGACUGGUCAUCUAGAACGCUGUUCGCAGAUGAAAAUAUUGCGCUAAGUGAUAGCGAUGAUUAUUUGUUCAGGGAUACUCUAACUCAAAGUUUCUUGGAUGCCUCACAGGAAAUUCAGAGAAUUGAUGCUUCUGAAAUUCUUCAAGAGCCUUCCGUUGUGCAUCAACAUGGGUCCGGUUUGCAGUUGAAUGAUGCUAUUAUACUGGAACCAUUGCACCAAAGGGAAAAUCACAGAUAUCAAGCCAGUGAGAGAAUAUAUCGGGCUCGCAUAGAUGUCGAUAAAUUGCCUAGUGAUUUGAUAGAUCGUCCUUUAAUUACAGCCAAGGAAGCAGUGAGAGAUCUGUUUAGAUUAUUAAUGGACAGGACUUUUAACAAUUUGAAACCCACCGACUUAGUCCGUUUUUGCAUUCAAGCUGACGGACUAGAUAAACCGAUUUCGACCACCCUGAUGCCUGUUUCCGAAUUUACGUUGGAGAAGCUCUUGUCCGUAGUAUUGAAAGUCCUGCAGAGUAAGGACAAGAUAAAGCUAGAUAGCGGAUUCUUAGUGGAUGUCAUCACGGUAAGGAGGGAUGUUGGAGCUGGGCGUCACUUGAAAGUAAUUAAUGCAGAUGUUGACAGACUUAGGAAAAGCUCAAUAAUCACCAUAGAUUUUGAUAAUGAAGGACUUUGUUGCGCUAAGGCGAUACUUAGAGCUAUAGCUCAUGUCGACCAAGAUAAGAAGGCAAUAAAUACCUUACGCGACAAGCGACGUCCUGCCCUCUUGAAUCGUGCGAGGAAGUUGCACGAAGACGCUGGAGUGUCCAUAGGACCGUGCACGUAUCGAGAGAUUGCAGUUUUUGAAAACUACCUGGAUACGCAAAUUGUGGUGUUCUCAACAACAAAUUCAAACAGGAUGUCAUAUAAAAGUGAGAAUCCACGCAGGAAACGUAUCAAUUUAUGGUUACAUGACGGCCACUAUGAUAUUAUCACUUCCCUCAAGGGGUUUUAUGCAUCAAACUUUUACUGCAAAGGGUGUGAAAAACCCUAUGACCACGAAGAGAAUCACUAUUGUGACACCAUCUGUCCCAUUUGCAGAAAAACGGAGUGUUCUCCAUCUGACAACCCUAGAAGAUGUAAUGAUUGCGAUCGUUUAUGUAGAUCCGAAGAAUGUUUUAUGUAUCAUAAAGCGAAAGAGAACCUGCAAAAGUUUUCAAUUUGUGAUAAACUUUACCAAUGCCCUCAGUGUUCAAAAGUAAUUCUGAGGAAGACAUGCCCUCGCGAGCUCCAUCGAUGUGGAACAUCGAAGUGUGUAUCGUGUGGCGAAUUUGUUACAGAUACACAUUUAUGUCACCUGCGCAAAAUUGAUGUGAAGAGGCCAUCGGAGAAAAUAAUUUAUUUUGAUUUCGAGACUGACCAGAGCUCAGGAGAGCAUAUAGUUAAUUAUGCUGUUGCACAAUACUUUAACGGUGACGAGAGAGUUUUUAAAGGGUACUCAGCGCUACAGGAGUUUUGUUCAUGGCUGUUCUCCCCUACUCACAAACAGUUUACAGCCAUUGCUCACAAUAUGAAAGGGUAAGAUGAUUUCUUAUGAAAAUUAAAAAUUUUUUUUAUGCAUUUCAAAAAAGAA